AUGUCAACUGCAACUAUUCCAUUGAAGCGUAUUACUUUAUAUAAAAAUGAUUUAGGUUAUUUUGAACGAACAGUUCCCAGUUCAAAAUCAUCAUCAUUCAUUUUGGUUGCUAAAAAGCAUAAGAAAUUAGUGAUUGAUACGUUAUGUACAACAGCGAGUACAGUCACAUUUGAUACAGAAGAGCAUGAUAAAUAUGUCGCCGAAAAUACAGCUGAACACUAUUUUGCUUUCAAUGAUUUCUCAUCAUCAACUUCAUUUGCUACGUUUCUUAAAGCAUGUAUUGGAGCUGAACUGGCAUUCUUUUGUCAGGGUGAAAACAAAGAACAAGCAGGUAAACUGAUUAUGCUAGAUGAAAUAGAAGCAUUACUGGGUCCAAAUUCAACAGAAAAAAGAACAGACUUUAUUCUUCAAAUUUUAAAUAAAGAUGGCUUUAUUCGCCAUGUCGAUCUUGCAUCAAUUAAUGGUAUUAAACUUACUGAUGUCUAUUUACAAGAACAACUUGAGAAAGUGUUAAAAACGACACUGCAAAAUAAGACACCACAAUUAAAUACAGCCUCUAAUUAUAUCCAAAUAUUAUUCAAUAGUGAUGAUUCAUUAUCAUCUUCUACAAAAGCUACUACUACAACUACUAUUGAUGAAUCAAAUAUUCUCAACGUAUCUUAUUGUUAUACAACAAAAGAGUGGCGUUGUUUAUAUCGUUGUGAAAUCGAUUCAUCUGCAUCAAACAGUAAUACUACAACGGUUGGUCUUACUUUGUUUGGUUCAGUUAAUAAUCCGACAGAAGAAGAUUGGCCUCAAAUUGAACUUAUACUUGUUGCUAAUGAACUUGAAAUUUUAAACAAUAACAAACCAACACCUUCAAUUACAAGUAAUCGUGAAGGAACAGAAAGUAGUGAUAGAAGAUCAUCAGGUGGCAUGCAAGUAUUCAUCAAAACAUUGACGGGCAAAACAAUUACAAUAGAUGUCGAAGCAUCAGAUAAAAUCGAAAAUCUAAAAUCUAAAAUUCAAGAUAAAGAAGGCAUUCCUCCUGAUCAACAGCGUAUGAUAUUUGCUGGAAAACAAUUGGAAGAUGGUAGAACAUUAGCUGAUUAUAAUAUUCAAAAAGAAUCUACUUUACAUCUCGUACUUCGAUUACGUGGUAGUCCCGGAGACGAUAGUGGUUCCAGUGCUAAGAAAGCUAGAAAAACUACUAGUAGAUCGAAUGUUGUUAUUGACGAUGAUGAAAACUAUGAGUCUAUUGAUUCAAGUCAAAUGAGUGGUCUUAGUGAACAUGUUGUUUAUAAAAUUAAUACACCAGUUACCAUUCGAUCGCAUGAAAGUGUUUUAGUGACUAUAAAUAAAUGGCAAAUGGAUGCACAACUAGUACUUUAUUAUGAUCCAAAAAUCAACGAUUUAAAUGCAAUCAAAGCUGUUCAUUUACGAAACAAUAGUGGUGUUGUAUUAGCACCAGGAAGUAUUGCUGUUUUAGAUAGUGGGCGUUUUGUUGCUCAAUGUGCGUUUACACCGAUGUUGCCCAAUGAUGAUCAAUUGAUUAAUUAUGGUUUUGAUUCGACUGUAUCUAUUCUUCGUACAACUCCACUUUCACUUCAAGAAGUUCAUACAGAAAGUGUUGAUAUAAUUUAUUCUGAAAUAGAUAAAAUCAAUACAAGAAUUGCUCCAACUGGUAUUGAUCUUCAACAAAUCUAUAUAAAACGUACACGUUAUUUAAUUAAAAACAAUUCAUUGGAUCGUCCAGUAGGAAAAUUCUAUAUCGAUCAUGUUGCUGAUCCAUCACUAGGCGGUUAUCUUGUAACAACAACAAAGAAAUGUAUUAAGUCAGUGAUGGGUUUUAGUCGUUUUGAAUUAAAACUUGAGCCACAACAAGAAAUUGAAUUUAUUGUCGAUGAACAAGCACAACAUAGUAAGAAAAUUUUUGAAGCAUCUGGACUUGAAUCAUUUUUAGAAAAACAAGUUCCAGAACUUAUUCAAUUGAAAUUAGUUGACGAGAAAACAGUUAGUUUAAUUCAAAACAUUAUUACACAAAAAUAUGUUCACCAAGUUCUUCGACAUAUGAUUGAUAGUACGAUAACAGAUAGUCAAAUUCGAACAUGGACUCCAAAACGUGAUUUAAUACCGACAUCCUUAUUUGAUAAAUCACUUGCUAUUGUUGAAACACAAAUGAUUAUACGUGAAUUAGACACAAAAAUUAAAUCACGCGAAGCACAUAUUAAAUCAAUAUUUGAAAAUCAAGAACGUAUUAGACAAAAUAUAAAAUCAUUAGAAAAAAUUGAUAAAUCUGAAUUAAUGACACGUUAUUUAAAAGAUUUGAAUACAGAAGAAGAUGAUCUCCAACAAACACGACGAGAAAUAAAAGUAAUGCAAGAUGAAUACAGUAAAAAACAACGAGCAUUAGAAGAAAAACAAGCAGCACUUAAACAUGAAGCAAACGAAAUACAAAAAAAAGUUCGUCUAUAA